ACGUUUUUUCUAUUUUAUCUCCUCCUUUUCCCACUUCGUUUUGUGCUCGCCUCUCUUUGUGCUCUUCCGCCAGCAGCAGCCAAUGCCUAUGCCAAUAGUAAAGUCUGUGCGUGAAAACAUAUAAAGACAAAGUAAAUGCAAUGAUAAACGGCGGCCGAAAAUGCAGUGGGCCAUGUGUGCAAUAAAGUAAAUUGUUCAGUUUCCAAAACACGAAAAUGGUACCCAGACCAGACGCUCCCAUUGCCGUGCCGAGCUGGCAUAUUUUGAUACGCGACGCCGUCGACGUUGAGUUAUGUCCCGGCCGCGGACUGUGCGCGAGGAAUUUACAACAAAAACAAAAUGAAAAUUGUAUUUAAAUUGCCAACUCUAAAUGACGUCACAAUUGUAACAGAGUGCAACAGACAGACAACAAUGACCGAUGAGCAUAAAAGUACCAUUAACAGUAACAGCAGCAACAACUCCAACAACAACAACAACGCCAGAAACGACAGCAGCAGCAACAACAACAACAGCAGCAGCAGCAGCAACAACGAACGCAUAAUUGCAGAGGCGGCAGCACAGUUUCUACUCAAAAAUGGUUUGAACGGCAGCUUUCCACUGCCCCCGCCCCUGCCCGCGAACCUAAGCACGAGCACCAGCACGAUAGCAGGCAGGACGCCGACGCCCUCCUCAUCAUUGUCAUCAUCAUCGUCAUCAUCAGCAUCUGCUCAUCCAGCCUCAUCAAAUGGCUUUUUGCCGCAUGUCAGCACGCCCACUACAAAGACAACUAGAAGCAGCAACAGUCCCGGUCGCAGGCCCAGCCACAGCCCAACAAGCAGCAGCUCCUCAGCGAUGGCGGCAUCUGCUACGGUGGCAGCGACUAGUGCCCUCGUCGGCUCUGGCCCAAAGCCAGUCGAUGUAAUGGGCGGGGUGCUGGACUACAGUUCCUUAAGCAGUGUGUCGAGUGCCACCGCAGCCGUUGCCGUUGCCGCAUCCAUGGCGCCCACAGGAUCGCUGAAGAGCGGUAAGGGUGCUGGCGGUAGCAGCAGCAGCACCAGCUUUGAUAUGGGCAGGCAUCCGAUAUCGACGCACAGCAACAACAGCACGGCGGGCUACGGCGGUCGUUUGCAGUUCUUUAAAGAUGGCAAAUUCAUAUUGGAACUGGCACGCUCGAAGGAUGGCGAUAAGAGCGGAUGGGUCUCAGUGACGCGCAAGACAUUUCGCCCGCCAUCGGCGGCCACCUCGGCCACCGUGACCCCAACGUCUGCAGUGACGACAACGUAUCCAAAGAACGAGAACUCCACAUCUCUGAGCUUUUCGGAUGACAAUAGCUCGAUACAAUCAUCGCCGUGGCAACGAGAUCAGCCCUGGAAACAGUCGAGACCCCGACGCGGCAUAUCCAAAGAACUGUCGCACUAUUACCAUCGACCUAGGCAUAGUGUCCUUACCAAGGUUGCCCUCCAGACAGCUUCACGCAAGCGACGACGACCACACGAGCCCCUUGCCAAGAGCGAGGAUCAGCAGCCAAUCUUUGAAACGGUCAAGGCGGAGAAUGGCGAUGAGACACUGAAGGCCGAAAGCGGAGAAGCUGCUGAAGGUGGCACUGUUAGCGCCACUGCCACGGUCGCUGCAGCGGAAGCUUCUGCAGAAACUGCAAUUGAGAUUAAAACAGAAAACCCAGAAACGAUCAAAGUAGAAACGGAAGAAAUGCCCGAAACGAAGUCGAACAAGGCCGAAAUCAAUGAAAACAGCGGGUCAAUAGAGGAAGCCCCUGAGCCGAAUACAGAGACAAAAGUAAAAGUCGAGCCAACGAUUGAGGCGACUGCCGCUGCGACUGCGGAGAAGAUGAACACGAGUGAGGAUGAAGAUGCCAUGUCGGUGACAGUAAAUGAACCUCCAUUAGAGCCUUCGAUAAGCACGAAGACGGUUAACGGCAGCAGCACUGGCAGCGAACUAAAUGGCGAACACAAGAUGCCGCGAGCAGACAGAAGACUUAAAAAGCCGAAACCGAGAGCCAAGCUCAGCAGCAUCAUUCAGAAACUUAUCGAUGGGGUGCCAGCACGUCUAGAGCAAUUGUCGAAGACACCAGCGUCGACAGCGGCGGCAGGCACGGCAUCAGAGCGCAGCGGUGGCGGAGCCAUCGGGAAUCUAAGUCACUCACUGACGCACAAGGUUUCGCCACCAUCGUCGGCCGCGGCAGCCAGCCGUCUAGUCGAGUACCAUCAUCAGCAUGUCUCGCCCAGGAAGCGCAUCCUACGCGAGUUUGAGAAGGUGUCGCUUGAGGACAAUGGAUGUGUGAACAAUGGCAGCGGAAGCGCAGGCAGUAGUAGUGGUGGAGCCGGUGGUAAACGUAGUAGGGCCAAGGCUUCGGCGCCGCCCAGCAAGUCAGCGCCCAUGAAUCUGGCACCGCCACAGGGAAAGCCCAGCACAAGCACACCAACCACAUCGCCAGCCCCGGCGCCCCAGGCAUCGCAAUCACAGCCCACACGUCUGAACAGCUCAUACAGCAUACACUCCCUCCUGGGCGGAGGCAGUGGCAGCUCAUCGUCCUCCUCCUCGUCAUCUUCCAAGAAGACCAUCGACCAUCCGGCGGCCAUUAUCAGCAAUGUGCAUCAUCAGCAUUCGUUGUACGGCAAUUCCGGAAACUAUCCACGCUCCCUACUCAGCUCCCCAAAGUCGCCGGACAUGAGCGGCAGCAAUGGUGGUGGUGGUGGUGGUGCCGCCGGUGGAAAGUCACCCUCACAUGCUGCCAGCAAGAAACGCUCGCCUCCGUACACGGCUGGAUCGCCGCUGCCCGUGGACUAUGGUCAAUCCUACUACAGAGAUCACUAUUCUGGAGCCGUGGGUCGAUCCUCAAUGUCGUCAGGAUCAGCCGUUUCGCCACACAUUUCACACGGAGGAGGAAGCUUAGCGUCGCAAGAUCUUUCACCGCCCCGUUGCACGACAGCCUCUCCCGCAACCACACCUCGCACUGUUCCCAAGAAGACUGCCUCGAUACGCCGCGAGUUUGCCUCGCCAACGGCCAGCAGCAGCAGCUGUCCGUCGCCCGGUGACCGAAGUACAUCGCCACCAGAUCGGCGGCACAUGCAUCUGCAGCGUGGCUCACCAGCCUCCGGCUCGCCCUUGCACUACUAUAUGUAUCCACCGCCGCAGGUGAACGGCAAUGGAUCAUCCGGCAGCCCGACAGUGCCUGUGUCAUCAGGCAGUAGUGCAGCCGCUGCAGCGGCGGCAGCAGCAGCUGCCGCUGCCGCGUACAUUCCCUCGGUGGUGUCGACAUCGCUCUACCAUCCCUACAUAUCCACACUGGCGGCCCUGAGACACAACCCGUUGUGGGUGCAUCAUUACCAGGCGGGAGCCUCGCCGCUAAUGCCGCCGCAUCCACAAGCCAGCAGCAGUUCGGCUGCUGCUGCAGCAGCGGCCGCAGCCGCGAGACUGUCACCGCCCUCGCCGUAUCAUCCGUUCGGCUAUAAUGGCGUCGGGGCAGCCGCUGUUGCGGCUGCAGCAGCUGCCGCCGCGUUUGGACAGCCCGCCCCCAGUCCGCAUACACAUCCGCACUCGCAUCCACAUACGCAUAUGACACAUCCCGCGGCACUAACACACCACACGCCUGCACACCUGGCCACGCCAAAACUGACUGAUAGUAGUACCGAUCUAAUGUCUGCAGCGUCCAGUCAUCGCACAGCCUCCACUUCGCCGACCAGCUCCAAUGCAUCCGCCUCCUCGGCGGCCGCCACCGGCGCCGGCUCCUCCUCCGCAUUGUUUCAUAAUAGUAGCCUAAGGAAUGAACAAAGUUCAGACUUACCACUGAAUCUGUCGAAGCACUGAGACACACACACACACACACACGCGCCCCAGCUGCCCCAGUUUAUGGGCCAACCAUCGAGUUAAGUACAUUACCGCACUAGUAGCGCUUAAGAUGACAUUCAACUACACAUACAAUUAUUUAAUAAGCUCGCUGCUAAUUUAGUUGUAACCGAAUUGUUUUAGCCUAAGCCUAAUCUACGAGUAGUUAGGUUCUCGAUUUAGGGCAGGAAAUUUAAACAAACCGAAAGGAGACGAGAUGAGAACAGCGGAGGAGAAGCAAAGAAGAAACGAAGAAGAAAUCAAAACAGACUCCGACAAAAUGUUUUAAGCCCCUUCAGAAAACUAAAACUAUUUAUACAAUCAGUUGAGAAAUGGAACCCUUCGAUACACAUAUAUAAUAUGCAAAGGAAUUUUAUUCUCUGCCAAUUAAUAAGUAACAAUUAACACAUUUUUCUAUAGGAUGGAUGUAUAAAUUGCACGUCUUAAAGAAUCUCAAAAAAAAUGAGUUACGUUUUUCAUCAAAACAUUUCCUUGAAACAGACUGAACCUGAAUUUUUUUUAGAAAAAAAAAAGAUAAAAACGAAAAGAUAGCGUGAAAAAUAUAAAGAGUUAUUUAUGGAUCGCAGCAUCUAACAUUUAAAGUGUAUUUUACAAAAACCUAAAAGAACAGAUUUUUAUAAAAAGCGUGUGCCUUUAAAAACGAAAUGUAAAGAAAUCUAGGGAUAUAUAUAA